AUGGCACCUGAAAUAGCGAGAGGUGACCCUUACAAUAAAGCCGUUGACUGGUGGUCGUUUGGUGUUUUAUUGCAUAUCCUUUUAACGAAUCGUUAUCCAUUUCCCAAUCGUGGUAUUAUGAGUCACGAAGAACUGAGUUUCAACGAUUACAGUACACCAAAUUGUGAGCCUGCACUCGGUGAUCUUCUCAAUCAGAAUAUCUUCAAGUACUUUUUGCUGUUAUAUGCAAAAUCACUGACACGUAAAUGCCACGUAUUAUUAUAUUUCAUUAUGAAUGUUGGCAAAAAUUUUGCGAUUCAAAAUCGUUCACAAUUUCAGUUGGAGCCAUUUGCGAAUAUCGAGAAAUUGCGACGAUGUCCAAGUUGUAAUUUGAUGUAUGACAGAAGUGGUUCAGAACUUAGUGGAACAGACGGAGAGGAGAACUGGGCUGCAUUCGAUGAACAUUACGAAGUACGCAUUGCUUUUUAUAUUCCUUCAUCAGGCAACAACCACUACAUCGAAAUUACGACGGAUCUUUGCUAUCGAAUUGAAUUUUGA